AUGAGUGUUCAAGACGAAACGCAAUACGAAGUACGCGUUCAACUUAAACAACUCACCGCCGAGUACACAACUUCACAAUUUGAUUUUUCAACACCAGUGUUUGUGGAUACUCCAAAGCUUCAAGAAUGGUAUCAAAUGACAAUCCAAGGACAGACACUACAAUUUGUCGACUGCCCCAAAAAGAAACAAAAGCAAUUUCCUCAGUAUCUGAAACACGACACAAUCACUGUGCAACAAAAUUUCGUCCGAAUGGAAGACCAAAAAGGAACUCCAGAAGAUCCACGGCUCCUUAUUUUUUCCGAAACACGACCAAUGGUUAGACGAACGUUUGAGGUUGUGUUUAACUCAAAGGACGUUCGCAAUGUUGUGUCAGAACGGCUUGCACACGAUACAGCAAAGGCCAGUCAACGUCAAAUAUUUGGUGUUUCACUUUUGGAAUACCACAAAAAGUCGGGACUUUUAUUCCCAAGCUUUUUGGCAGACGCUACAAAUUACAUGAAACAGACCAAAAACUGUUUUAACCUGAUAGUCCCGACAGAUCUUGUUAUUACAACGUGCAAGUCCAUUGAAAAUGCCACACCAUUCCAGUGGUCGUAUUCAUUGGCAAUUGAAGUGUUAAAAUAUUACUUUCGAAGUCUUCCAACGCCUUUAAUCCACCCCCACACAGACUACCUAAGAUGCUUUGACCAAAGUGGAGCACUCAUUCGAACUGAAUUGAUGCGGCUGAUUAAUUCAAAAUGCGAAGAAAUUUAUGAGGUACAGUCACUACUCUUCACAGCACUUUCUGACUUGGCCUCGGAAAGGAUAUCAAAAACACCACAAAACUUGGCAAGUAUAUUUACACCGUCAUUGGCGUGGAACCAGGGUGGGUCCAUGGACAAGAGGAUGUACGCAUUGGUCGAGUUUCUUAUUUCAAAUUCAAAGGACAUAUACCUUGAGUCCUCACGACUCUCUUUCCAGUAA